AUGUCCAAUCCCCACAGCCACGAUAGCAGCAUCGAUGCGGACACCAAGCACGACGCUAUCCACUAUGCCGACAACACCAGCAAGGGCCUCGACGAGACCGAGCAUUAUGAAAACCGCGGCCGUCGCGAGUCGGUUGGCGUCACGCCCGACGACGUGUACAACCCUCUGCAGAAGCUCACCACCCCGCAACUCAUGGCCGAGGUCGACCAGUUUUGCACAGAGUAUGGUCUCCAGGAGGACAACGAGGUCUUCCGCAGGGGUGCCCUCGCUGCCCGGAACCCCAAGAACAUCGAGGGCAUCACGGAACUGAGCGCCGAGGACAGGGAGACGCUCAUCUACGAGCGUAACCAUCCGUGGCACCUGCCCCGUCUGCUCUUCUACUCUGUCAUUCUCUGUGCCAUUGGUGCAGCCACACAGGGCUGGGACCAGACUGGUUCCAACGGUGCCAACCUGUCCUUCCCCCAAGAGUUCGGCAUUGGCGCCAAAGUCGGCGAGCCCAACGGAGAGCGCGACGAGUGGAUUGUCGGUCUCGUCAACUCGUCGGUCUACAUUUCUGCCGCGUUUAUCGGCUGCUGGAUUUCCGACCCGCUCAACCACUGGUUUGGCCGUCGUGGUGAGAUCUUCAUCACAGGUAUCAUCCUCAUCGUUACGCCCAUCGCUUCCGGAUUCACCCACAGCUGGGAAGCACUCAUGGCCGUGCGUUUCGUCAUGGGCAUCGGAGUCGGCGCCAAGGCCUCCACGGUGCCCAUGUUCUGUGCCGAGCUGUCGCCCGCCCGUAUCCGCGGUGCCCUCACGAUGGGUUGGCAACUCUGGACUGCGUUUGGUAUCUUCCUCGGUUUCUGCGCCAACGCCGCCGUCAAGGACACGGGCGCGAUUGCCUGGCGUCUGCAGCUCGGCUCGGCGUUCAUCCCCGCCGUGCCGCUCACAGUCGGCAUCUUUUUCUGCCCCGAGUCGCCCCGUUGGCUCAUGAAGAAGGGCCGCAUGCUUGACGCGUGGAAGUCGAUGCGCCGUCUUCGUCACUCUGACAUCCAGGCCGCCCGUGACCUCUUCUACGCGUACGCCAUCUACUCGGAGGAGAACAAGAUCGUCCAGGGCCGCACCUACUUUUCGCGUCUUACCGAGCUGUUCACCAUCCCCCGUUGCCGUCGCGCUACUCUCGCCGCUGCUGUUGUCAUGAUUGCUCAGCAGAUGUGUGGUAUCAAUAUUAUGGCCUUCUACUCGUCUACCAUCUUCGAGCAGGGCGGCGCCACGGCCUCGGAGGCACUGUACGCCUCGAUCGGUUUCGGCGCUCUCAACUUCAUCUUUGCCAUCCCGGCCGUGUUCACCAUUGACUCGUUUGGCCGUCGUUCGCUCCUCCUCGCGACGUUCCCCAACAUGUGCUGGACCCUCCUCGUUGCCGGCAUGUGUUUCUUCAUUGACCAGGGCGUCGAGCACUCCAAGACGCGUACCGGUGUCGUCGCCUUCUUCAUCUACCUCUUCACCAUUGCGUAUUCGAUUGGUGAAGGUCCCGUGCCGUUCAUGUACUCGGCCGAAGUCUUCCCUCUUCCUCAGCGUGAACAGGGCAUGGCCUUUGCCGUUUCUUGGAACAACUUCUGGGCCUCGGUCCUUUCCCUCACGUUCCCGCGUCUCCUCCGCUCGCUCACGUCGCCCGGCGCGUUCGGCUUCUACGCCGGCCUCAACGCCGUCGCCUUUGUGUGGAUCUACCUCUGGGUCCCCGAGACCAAGCAGCUCACCCUCGAGGAACUCGACGCCGUCUUCAGCGUCCCCACAGCCACGUUCUCGCGGUACCAGGUCGGCACGGUGCUCCCCUGGUGGUUCCGUCGCUACAUCCUGCGCCAGAAGGACGCGUACCUCGCCCCGCUCGUCGUGCCCGCCGACAGGGUGAACGGUCCCGGCGCCGGCCACGGCGGCGUCACGAUCAAGACCUCGGCGGCGUAG